UUUUAUCACUUCAAAAAAUGGAGAGAAUUAAAGAAGAAUGUAAUUGUAGUUUUUUUCAAAGAUCAAAACCUUAUAUAGCUAUGAUUUCUUUACAAUUUGGUUAUGCAGGAAUGAAUAUUAUAACCAAAGUUUCACUUAAUAGAGGCAUGAGUCAUUAUGUUCUUGUUGUCUAUAGAAAUGCCUUUGCUACUAUAGUCAUUGUUCCUUUUGUUCUCAUCCUUGAAAGAAAAAUCAGGCCAAAGAUGACAUUAAUGAUGUUCUUGCAAAUAUUUGUAUUAGGUCUUCUAGGGCCAGUAAUUGAUCAAAAUUUUUACUAUGCUGGACUAAAACUCACUUCACCAACAUUUUCAUGUGCUAUGAGUAACAUGCUACCUGCUAUGACAUUUGUCAUGGCAGUCCUCUGCAGGAUGGAGAAAGUGGACAUAAAGAAAAUUAGAUGUCAAGCAAAAGUAUUGGGAACUAUAGUAACUGUGUGUGGUGCCAUGUUAAUGACAUUAUACAAAGGCCAUGUUGUUAAUUUAAUUUGGUCAAAUAAUAUUAAUUCUAAUGAUACUCAAGUUACUAAUAAAACUUAUGAUAAAGAUUGGGUAAAAGGGUCAAUUCUCCUCAUAUUUGCUACACUUGCUUGGACUUCUUUCUUUAUUCUUCAGAAUAUAACGAUGAGGAAUUAUACAGCUCCAAUUUCUCUUACCGCGCUCGUUUGCUUUAUGGGAACGUUGCAAUCGAUCGCGGUAACAUUUGUAAUGGAACAUAAAAAUUCGGUUUGGACUAUCGGUUUCGACAUGAAUCUUUUAGCUGCUGCCUAUGCUGGAAUUGUGUCAUCAAGUAUAGCAUAUUAUGUACAAGGACUUGUAAUGGAAAAAAGAGGACCAGUUUUUGUGACAGCAUUUAGUCCAUUAAUGAUGAUUAUUGUUACAAUUAUGGGAUCUUUUAUUCUGGCAGAAAAAAUAUAUAUUGGAGGAAUUAUUGGUGCAGUGUUAAUAAUGGCAGGGAUAUAUUCUGUUCUAUGGGGAAAAUACAAGGAGUAUAAAGAAAAGGAAAUUGAAGAAUUAAUAAUUCAUGAACCAGUGAAGGGCAUUAAUGGAAAUAAUAAAAUGAUGAUUCUUGAAAAUAAUGAUAUAGAAAUGCAAAAAAAUUGAUGAAAAUUCCCAAUUCCAGUAGUAGCUAAUUAACUAGCUAUUGGUGUAUCAAAUGAUUAAUUUUUUGGUUUAGGAAUUAAAAGCCAAAAAAGAACAGAAGAAGGGCAUUUUUUACUUUUUUUCUGUUCUUUAAUCUAUUUUUGAGAGAUAUUUUGAGUUUUUUUAAAAAA